ACAAAUUAAAAUAAAAUAUUGUAAUAACAAUAGCGGUUUAAUUAUUGUAAGUGUGCGUGUGUGAUGUGUGCAAGUGUGCAAGAUUAGUGUGCGCGAGACGCGAGAUGAACGCGAAACAGCAAACGCCGCGUCGAUCAUGAAAGUCAGAUGGGGAUUGCCGAGUUGGUCGGUUUCAAUCCUGUCGUCUCCGAAAAUCGAUUCCAUAUAUUUUAUAAAGUUAUUUAUUAUUUAUUUAAAUUUUUUAACUGUAACUCCAUGUCAGCACUUUGCAUUGCGAGGAAAAUUAAUUCAUUGAAAAAUACUCACCACAAUGAUUAAUUGUUACAUUAAUUUUUAUCAGUAAUUCGUUAUUUUUAACUCAACAAUUUGCAGUUUAAAUAUUAUUUUUACGUGGUCCCUGUCAUCUUAGUGGUGCAUCGAGAUGAGUGUAUAAUUUUUAAUUAUCUAUUUAAAAGAGCUGAGAUGCACUACGGACUUUUUUUAAAAAUGUAAAAUUUUUUUUGAACAUUCACUGGAACCGAUCGGAUAAAGUUGAUAAGUAAUAAAUAAAUAUGUGUAUAUAUAUGAAUAUUUAGUCGUAAUAAAUGUCGGAAACUGAGAGGCCAAUGGAUAAGGAUAAGGACAAGGAAGCGAUGGAGAUAAAUAAUGUGGGGAAUAACAACAAGAGUUUAAUUCACCUGGCAAUAUCAUUCAGAAAACUGUGUGUUGCUACAGCAUGUUUACCAUUGGUUACACUAUUGAUUUGUUUUGUGACAGCUUAUAUAUUCCAGCAGGAUGAUAUCCAUGAAACACAUUGUCGUGUGUACAACGUCCUGCCAUCAAUAUCAGCAAUCACAGGCGUAUCACCACAGAGAUAUUUCUGGCGGGUAACGAUUGCAUUACACAUUGGACCAAGACUUGUCAUAGCGACAGUCUACCAUUCUUAUUACCGUAAAAUAUUAACAGCUCUUGAAGAUUUGCCAAAGAAAAUGAUUGGAUGCAGACUAUUGAAUGUGUGCUUUUGGUUAAAUAUUAUUGAAAUAGCCGCAUUGUGUGGCGUAACAUAUAUAUCUAAUCGAGAAAAUUACUAUGCUCAUGAAAAAAUCUUUAUAAUGUUCAUGGUCAGUUCACUGACGUACAUGUUGGCAGCAGUUAAACUGGGUCGUUUACUGACGCCCAACGCACAAAGCCUCCACUAUAAAGAAAUUCUAUUUACUACCAGUAUUGUCAGUACAGUUGGCCUUAUAAUAUUUUUUUUGAAACACCGAUUGCUGUGUCAUGAUUUAGCAUUUAGUUGGUUUUCACUGUGUGAAUAUAUAAUAGCAUGUGCAAAUAUGGGUUUUCACGUGACUGUAAUAAUGGAUUUUCCAAAAGAACAAUUAAUUGUCGGAUACGGAUUACCCGCGACAAAACUCGAUUAAUGAUUGUAAAUAAUUAAUCGAUAAAUUAAUAUGAAUAAUAAUAACAAUUGUCAUUAUAACUAAAAUUAAAUUUUAAUUAAUUUCAUCUUUAAGUGCCUGAUGCCCUGAUGUUCGUUAUUAGACGCUAACUUCUAGGAAAUUCAUUUGCCAAUCUCGAAUCUGAUGCUUCCAAAACUGAAAACAAUAAUAAAGUAAUUUAUUGAUAAUUAAAUAAAGUAAAAAAAAUAUGGCACUGGGCACUUGUCAGAUGAUUUUGAACGUGAUAAGGCCUUUUCUUGUUGUACCUCUAAACAGAGAUUUAUACUGAUUAUUAUGGAGUGAGAAUAUUAAUGUCUGUAAGCUAUAAAAAAUGAAUUUAAACGUGAUGAACAAUCGAUAUAUUCAUUAUUUAUUAAUACCGUGCAUUAUAUAUAUGAAUAUAUAUUAAAUUUUUUUUAAAGUUGAUGAAUAAUCGAUUGAUAAUUUAUAGUAAAUUGAUAAAAUAAUUAAUUAAUUAAUUAGAUAAUUUAUGAGUGUGCGUAAACUACGAGUGCAAUAAGACAUCUAGUCGUUUUACUCAUGCAGUCUAGUCGGCAUAAUAAAAUUUUAAUUAACGAGAUAUUAAAUAUGUCCUUAGGAUAUUAUUAUUAUAAAAAAAAAAAUAAAUGCAUUUAAAAUUUAUUAUAUUUAAUAAUUGCGGUAAAAAAAACCGUAGAGACUUUGAAUUUUUUUUAUACGCAAAACAUGAGCGGAUUUUAAUUUAAAAAAAAAGUGUGUAAUUAUAAUAACUUUUUUUGUCAAUACUAAAUAAUUGAAUUAUGUUUAUUAUGAUAAAAUAAAUCUAGUGUAAAGUAUAAUUACGAAACUGUAAUUUAUUAGAAAUGAUAAAAAAACAAAUAAUAAUAAUAAUAUUUCAUCAAAAGUAAAACGUAAUUACAAUGCACGUAGACUGUCAUCGUACUUUUAAAUGUACGGAUAAAUUAUAAGAUUAUUAUUAUUAUUGGUAAAUAUUUUUAAUCAUUUUUUUUAUGGUUGUAAUUUUUUUAUUUGUAUUUAUUUUAAUUAUAACAAUACUUUGAUAUUUUAUUUUAUAAAUAUAUAUGUAAAAUAUAUACAGUAAAUAUACAAUAGAAAAAAUUAGAGUGAUACGUAAAAGUAUCUCGAGAGUUCCAGUGAUUUAUUUGAUAGAAAAAUUAAAUGUCAAAGCUCAGUUUUAAUUGAUAUAUAUUUUUUUAAAUUUAUUUAUUAAUUAUUUUUAUUUAUGUUUAAUUGUUUAAAGAAUUUGUUUUUGUUAUUACUGUAUUUUAAGUGUAACUCGGCGUGGUAGAGAUUAAUCAUGUGAUUGAAAUGAAUAAAUAAAGUGAUAAAUAAAAGAAAGAAAUUAAUUAAAUUACAAAUGAAAGGAUAUAUGUAUGUAUAGUAAUAAAUUUUGAAAUGAUGUGAGGAAAAAGUAAACAAAAGAGAUGGAAAUUACUCAACACACACAUAUCUGUCUAAAGACAUAAAUAAAAUAUGUUAAAUGUUAAAUUAAAUCGCACGUGUAAUGAUUUUAAAUAAAACUUUGAUAUUUAAAAUAUCGAAAAAAAACGUGUGUCCAAUUUACAAUUAAAAUUUUUUUAAAAUUGACAUUAUUUUUAUAUUUAUCAAUACAAUUAUUGUUUAUCUUUUAUAUAUAAUUAUUAUAUAUAUGUGGAUAUAUAUAUUAGGGUGUUAAAAAAAAUUGAUGUUUUUUUUUUCACUCAUAUGAAAAUUUUGCAGAAGAGGUCGAAGAAAAAUUCUGCUAAAAUCUCAGCCCUUCAUUCCAAUUUCAUGGGGGCGAUAAAAAAUUUCGAGCGUCGAUAAAUUUUUUCAAAUCUUAAAGAAAUUUUUUUCUUCAAUUCAUGAUGCAAAAUAAUUCUUGCGCCAAAAAUCCUUUUUUCUCUAGACACCCUAAUAUGUAUACAUGUACAUAUAUAUGUAUGUAUGUAUAUUUUUAUAACUAAUUGGAAUCGAUUUAUGGUGCUUGGAAAAAGACUUUGGUCGAAUGAUAAUUUAAAAAUAACCCAUAACUGAGACAAUUGAUCUCUGUUGAUCUUAAUAAAGCCCGAUGAUCAUUCGUACCAAGGGUUGAUGUCUAAUGUUGUGUGAAAAAAAAAAUAAUGACAGAAGAAAAGAGAGAGUGAUUUCUAAAAAUUGAUUAUACUGAUAAUCAGUAAUUUUAAUCUCAACGAUACAAAUUAAUUUUAAAUUAUUGUUAUUAUUAUUAUUAUUAAUAAUUAAGUAUUAAACUCACGGCCAAUCUAAUGCACCCAAUAAACUUUCAAGACUUGUUAAAAUAAAAAAAAUACGUCUUUUUAGUGUACAAUAAAUAAAAAUACUCAGUAUGUUUGAAUACAAUUGUAUAAUGGUAUCAUCAUGAAAUAAAGUAUAAGUCAAAAGGUUUCAAAA